AUGAAUAUGCAGAACAGUACAGCGUUGUCGUCCUCCGCGGCUGGCGGUGCCGGGCCUGGCUCCUCAGAUGGCUCUGGGUCCGCUGUCGAGCUGCCACCAGGUGCCGAUCAUGUCACCAAUGAGGGUGGCGGGGCUGGAGCUGAUGGAGCAACCGAUGAUGGCGCUCCAGCAUCCAGCGGACAUAGCAAUAAUACCACAAACGGACAUGAUGUGAAGCACAAUGGAUUCGCGGCCAAUAAUAAUGGCAGCACCAAUAGCUGUGCCGUUGAUGGCGAGAACAAUCGUGAAAACAGUAGUGGCUACAGUGGGGUGCACUUGGACAAAUCAAAUCAGGAGAUCAUACGCUUGAUUGGUCAAUAUUUGCACGACGUGGGUCUGGAGAAGUCGGUGAAGACUCUAAUGGGUGAAUCGAAUUGCUACUUGGAGCACCCAUCGGCUACCAAGUUCAGAGAGCAUGUUUUGGUUGGCGACUGGAUCAAAGCGGAUGCUGAUCUCAAGGAUCUGGAGCCAUUGAUCGAUAAUGGCAAGUCGUCAACAAUUACUGAAAUGAAAUUCAUAUUGCUGGAACAGAAAUAUUUGGAGCAUUUGGAUGAUGGCAAUCCUUUGGAUGCCCUUCAUGUGCUGCGCAGCGAACUGACGCCACUGCAGCAUAAUAUAUUGCGUGUUCAUCAAUUAUCCUCGUACAUGAUGUGUUCGACCAAUCACGACCUCUAUCAACGCGCCAAGUGGGAGGGCAAGGGCAUUGCAUCGCGUGCCCUUGUCAUGGAACGCCUACAGACAUUUAUGCCGCCAUCGGUUAUGAUGUCUCCACGUCGCCUACGCACGCUGCUCCAACAGGCGGUUGAGCUGCAAAGUCAGAACUGCCCUUGUCACGAUAUGGCCUGGGAGACCAAUUUACAGACGGUCUCGUUGCUAACCGAUCACUGCUGCACCACAGACGGGUUUCCCAUGCAGACAAUACAAGUGCUCACCGAUCACUGUGAUGAGGUGUGGUUCUGUAAGUUCUCACCCGAUGGCCUAAAGCUGGCCACGGGCAGCAAAGACUGCACUGUGAUCAUCUGGGAUGUAGAUCCAUAUAAGCUGACACUUAAACAUCGCCGUGUGCUCGUUAGCCAGCCGCAAAUGAAUGUUAGCUUUGUUAGCUGGAGCCCAGACUCGAAAGUGAUUCUAGUUGGUGGCACUGAGGACUCGCAUGAGCUGUUUUUCUGGAAUGUGGACGAUGGAAAGUUGGUCCUCAAGUUUUCACAAUCCCUGGAGGAUAGUUUGGCGUGCGGCACUUUCAGUCGCGAUGGCAAUCACUUUGUUUGCGGAGGACAAAAGGGUCAGCUCUAUCUAUGUGAUCUAGACGGCAACCUUCUCGAUUCCUGGGAAGGAGUGCGCGUAAACAGCGUCGCCUUUCGGGCGGACAACAAAACCAUAUUAGCAGCCGAUAAUCACUAUCGCAUAAGAGGCUAUAACUUUGAUUCCCCGCGCUCGGACUUUGAUAUAUUGCGGGAAUCACAUCCAAUUAUGACGUUCAGCAUCAAUUCAGCCGAUCGUUUGGCCCUGCUGAAUGUCUCCAAUCAAGGUCUGCAUCUCUGGGACAUUGAGGACAAGUGUCUGUUGCGACGUUUUCAGGGAAUUAGGCAGAGCAACUUUGCCAUUCAUUCGUGCUUUGGUGGCGUUAACGAGAGCUUCGUGGCGAGCGGCAGCGAAGACAAGGUUGUGUACAUUUGGCAUCUUAAGCGUGAGGAGCCGCUGGCCAAGUUGGCCGGUCACACCAAGACGGUUAACUGCGUAUCAUGGAAUCCAGUAUAUCCGUCCCUACUAGCCAGCGCUAGCGAUGAUGCCACAGUUCGUAUUUGGGGUCCGAAGCCCACAGGUAGCAGUGCAACGACCGAAAGCGAUGACUGCUCAUCCAGCUCAUCGUCGUCCUCGUGGAACAUGACCUAAACACCCGCUUUCAAGAUCUGUGUUUGUGUGGCGUCUAUGCAUAAUGGAGGAUUGUUGCACACGGACUUAAUUUUAGUGUGAGAUUCGGGUUUCUCUUUAGUCAAAAGCCAUUUUCGAUAGCUCAAAAUAAUGGAUAUUUCUUAAUUGUAGCGAGUAUAUUGCAAUAGUGUAUUUUCCUGGUAACAAAGCAGAGUUCAAUAUUUGAAAAUGUUCUAAUCAUUAAUAUAUACACAUAUUAAUAUAUAUGUAUAUUCGUGUCCGUUUAUAUGUGUGUGCGAUCCUCUGUUGCGUAAAUCUGCAUAAAUAUUUGACUCAGAAUUAGAUUUAUAAGUAAAACUCCCAAUGUCGAUCUAAAUGUGGUGCGCACGUCCUUGCAACCAGCAUAUAUUUGUUGCAGCGAUGGCGAGAACACUAGACUGCCAUUACAAUACCAUGUGUAUGAGCAGCAUGACUUACAAUUAGCAUUAAACAUUAUAUAAGGUACAUUGACAUUUGUCUCACACAUAAUCGGACACAAACGAACGAUCACGCGAUACGAACGAGUAUGUAUGGAUUUUGUUCAAUACUUUUCAAACAAGAAGAACACCAACAAUAAUAGUAUUUUUUAAAAGUUCUUUAACAUAUGUAUGUAUAUUUAUUAACAUGCCUAUGUAUUGUGUAUUGGCUUUUAGUUUUUUAUCCAAUUUCAAAGUGGGCCAACCCAAUUUGAUAUCUUUUUGCCAUUUGAUUUAUUUUAAUUAGUUUUCGACAUUUCGACGUCAAUUCAGAAUUAUUGUAAUGCAUAAUUUUGUAACAAAUGGAAUGAUUGGGUAAAUGGGCUUUUGAUAAGUUUUAAUUCUUUAUAGAUUAUUAAUUUAGGCCCAGCGCCUCAUCUCACCUAAAGUUAGACUUUUGUUUCGUCAUCUGCAGAUUGGUGUUUACCACGUUGUAACACAAUUACUUAUAUGAAGAAACGGGCCUUAGUACCGCAAUUUAAUUUCAUAAUCAAUACAUGCAAUAAAGAUAUACAUAUGUAAUAAA